AUGGUGGUCAACGAGCAGACGCCUCUGCUCGCUGCGCCGACUCCAGCCACCAGGCCAGAAGACCUCGCAGCUGCCUACCGCCGCACCGUCCUCAUUCUCUGCUUCGUCGUCAUCAUCAUCAUUGAGAUCGGCGCCAGCUUCUUUGCCAUGGCCUCGACAGCCGUUGCCGAGCGCAACAUCUGCCUGGAGGAGCCCCAAGACCUUCGUGAUGGAGAAGACUAUGGCGACUGCAAAGGGACCGCCGUCCAGGGCCGGCUUGCUAUGCUGCAGGGCUGGCAGAUGACUACCGAGUGUCUCCCAGGCAUCAUCGGCGCCAUCCCAUAUGGUCUGCUGGCAGACCAGUGGGGUCGUAGGCCGGUCAUCAUACUCUCCCUUACGGGCAACAUCUUGUCCAUGAUGUUCAUCGUGGUUGUCUUAUACAUUCCCAGCAUCUUUUCCCCAGAGGCCAUGCUUGCCGCCCCGGUCUUCACCCUCAUUGGCGGCUCCACCAUGGUCACUUCGGCCAUGGCGUAUACCAUGAUUGCCGAUAUUGUCCCCGUCGAUGAUCGGGCGACCGUUUUCUUCCAGUUCGGCGCCGCGUUCGCUGUUGCGGAGCUCGUCUCUGGCCCUAUGGCGGGUGCCAUCAUGAUGAAGAGCAAUUGGCUCUGCAUGCUCCUUGGCCUAGGCCUGUGGAUCGUUGCCACACUGUUGUGCUUUUUGGCCCCCGAGACGCUGCGAGUGCGCAGGCUCGCGGAACAGCUUGCCGGAAACAGCACAGAAACUGUGGAAAGCACCGAGACUGGAGCGAACCGCGUUCGAGACCACCAGUCGCUACUUGCGCAGACUGUACAUCAGAUCCGUUGUGGCGCUGCAGAAGUCCGCGAAUUUGGGGUGCACAAUCGCGGACUCAUGUUCCUCAUGUUGUCCCUGGUCUUUGUCGUGCUCAGCAAAUUCGUGCAGAUCCUUCUGCUCCAGUUCACGAGGAAAAAGUUCAACUGGUCCUGGAGUCAGGCGGCAUUCCUACUCACAAUACGUAGCGGGUCCAACCUAGCCUCAUCCCUCAUUAUCCUCCCCGCAAUCAGCAAACUCCUGACACUCAAAUUCUCCUUUUCCCCAGUGGUGAAGGACGCAUUCAUCGCCCGAGCUACCGGCAUCGCGGGCGUUUUUGGCGCUCUCAUGAUCGCCUUUGCCCCAGACCCCUUCACUCUCUCAUUUGGCUUGGUAGUCUUCGGCCUAGCCGGCGGCAUGGCGGUCGCCAUACGCUCCCUGCUCAACGCGCUCGUCGAGUCGCACCACGUCGGGAUGCUGAACACGGUGCUGAGCCUGCUGGAGCAGGCCGGGCUCAUGGUCGCGGGCCCGCUCUUCUCAAAGGCGCUCAAGACGGGGAUCCAGCUUGGCGGUGGGUGGAUCGGACUGCCGUUCCUCGUGGCGGCGGUAUAUAUGGCUGUUGCGACGGGGAUUGUGUUCAUGUUCAGAGUGCCAAAGAGCAUGAGAGGCUAUACUGGUGGCGAUUCUGAGGACGAAGAGGAAAGGCUUCAUAGCUGA